UUUUUGAGGAACUGAAAGCAGCCAAGGGUGGUGGGGGGGAGAGGGAGGAGCACUAGGGCCAAGGUUACCCAUGAGAGUCCAGACAGCAGAAAAGCCCUGCUAGAGGAGAAACACAGAGAGAGAGACAGAGAGGGAGAGACAGAAUAGGUGUGGUUAUUUUCUUUAAAUGACUUACGAUUAUUAAUAACCCGAGACCGAAAGCAACAACCAGGGGCGAGAGAAAAGAAAAGAAGACAAAGAAAAGACGCUGGAAUAACUGCCACACGGGCAAAGAGAAAGAGAAAGAGAGACAGAGACACAGAGAGAGACAGACAGACAGAGAAAUACAGAGACAGAGGCAGUUCAAAGGCAACCGAAGCGAUAGUUGACAGUUGACUGUUUACCCAGCGAAGUCAAGAGAGAGGAACUCUUAAAGGGAACUCCCAUCUUAGAGGAGACGGAAGAGGGGGGGUUAAAAGUUAGAAACAAUAGCUGAAACACACACAUUGACUGAGAGAACUGGACUACAUGGACUACUGACACAGGGGAACAAAGAGCAUAGGUGAGAGGACCGCAGCAGCUUGUCCCAGCCUGGUCUUGUGUGUCAUUUAGACAGCAGGGGGGGGACACACACAGGUCACCAGACAGUUAGCUCCAGCUGCGCCGCACCAUGUUGCUGAAGGAGUACCGCAUUUGCAUGCCGCUGACCGUGGAGGAGUACCGGAUCGGUCAGCUGUAUAUGAUCAGCAAGCACAGCUGUGAGCAGAGUGACGGGGGGGAGGGGGUGGAGGUGGUGCAGAACGAGCCAGAGCUACACCCGCAGCACGGCCCGGGACAGGUGACGGAGAAGCGCAUAUACCUCAGCAGCAAACUGCCAUCCUGGGCAAAAUCAUUCGUCCCGAGAUUCUUUUAUGUGACAGAAAAGGCCUGGAACUUUUACCCAUACACUAUCACAGAGUACUCAGUCUCCUUCCUACCAAAGUUCAGCAUCCGUAUCGAUACCAAAUUUGAAAACAACAAUGGACAAAAUGCAAAUGUGUUUGGAGACCAGCCGACCCCAGAGGAGAGUGUGUGUUUCCUGGAUAUCCUCACUGACCCCAUCCCUGAAAAGAACUACAAAGAGUCAGAAGACCUGAGCCGCUGGCAGUCCGACAAGACAGGCAGAGGGCCCCUGGAGGAGGGCUGGAGGGCCUCGGCCGAGCCCAUCAUGUGCUCCUACAAGCGAGUGAGCUGCAGCUUCGAGGUGUUCGGCGUGCAGGGCCGAACGGAGGAGUUCAUACACAAAAACAUUCGGGACAUUCUUUUGGUUGGCCAUAGGCAAGCGGUUGCCUGGAUCGACGAAUGGCACGGGAUGAGUCUGGACCAGGUGAGGGAGUACGAGAGACUGCUGCAGGAGGAGACCAACAGCAAAGUCAAAUCGAGCCAGUGCGGCACAGGUCAACCGAUGGCCUCUCGCCCGACCAUUUCGCGCUCUGUCUCCGUGACCGAUGAUCGCUCGCUGACGAUGAUGGGAGGGAGGAACUCAACCAUGACCGACUCCGAGCCCUCUCACCCCCGCAGCCCCAUACGCUUACAUUCAACCCCCGAGUGAUGUCUCACACACAAUCACCCCACACACACACACCCGCACACACAUGCAUACAGCCAUGAAACAUUUCCCAUGAGACCAAACCCAGAAGAUUGAUACAAUUCUAUCCAAAUCCAAUAGCAACCUCUAAGCGUUAUGCAGCUAAACCACACACACCCACCAACACCCAACCACCAACACACACACACACACACACACACACACACACACACACACAGACACAUGUAUGAAUUGAUACACACGGCGCACACACAUGUACAAACACACAUAUUAACACAAAUUGCGCACAAAACCCUCUACCUUGCGUGUCCUCGACUGCCACCUUCAAGCCGACCUUGGGCCUUGGUCUAGAGCAGGCUAAGUGCAGCUUUAACUGCAGUCCAUCACCGCCGCCCUGCUGCGAUCCACAGGCAAGGAGGGCCCCCCCAUCACCAGGCCAGCGCUCCCCCCAGCCCCCUGCCCCCCCGGCCCCCUGCCCCCCCGGCCCCCCAGCCCCCUGGUACCCCAGCUCACUCCAGCCCUGAAGCCUGGGGACAGGUGCAUAGGGAGUUUAAUAGAGUGGAUCUUAUAUGAGCGCAGUCAGGGGUUUAUGGGGACUUGGGAGGGGGCUGCUGGGGAGGGCGGGGGUUUACGCCGUCAAUGUUAUGGAUCUGUGCCAUUCACCAGCCCCAGCCAAUAGGUCAGGCCAGUGCUGACCGGGGGGGGGUAUUAAAGGGUUGUAUUGGUUCCUUGGUCGCUCUGCCGUGAUCUCUGCCCGAGUCAGGCCAGGGAUAACCUUCAAUGAUGAGCCAAUCAUACGGCCGCUUAUGAUAUGGAUGGGGGGGUCGAAAGGCCCAUCACCGCCGGAGAUCGACUGUGGUGAGAAUAGUAACUCGCAAAAUCCCGAUGUAAAAUAAAAGUGCUUUUGUUUUUGUUAUGAUCUUUUUAUGAACCAAUGAAAAAUACAAAGACAUUGUAAAUAUUGAUCUGGAAGAUAUAUUAUCAAACCAUUUUGAUCAACUCUCAGGGCGCCUGUAUCAAUAAAAGAACAGAUACACUUCUG